AGAGACUGUCCAACUGGUAAAAGGGAUUCCUAAUAAAGACAGGUAUGAGACUUAAAAUUGAAAACCAGAGUGUGGAAGACAACAACGUAAGAUGAUGGCAUCUUCCUCAGGAAAUCGAAACCCAGAACUGAGGAAAGACGCUGUUUCGAACCGGUGGGUGAUUUUCUCACCCGCAAGAGCCAAAAGACCCUCCGAUUUCAAAUCCAAAUCACCUUCCGACCCGAACCCGAACAACCAACAACAACACUGCCCCUUCUGCAUCGGCCACGAGCACGAGUGCGCGCCCGAGAUCUUUCGGGUCCCGUCCAACAACCCGGAUUGGAAGAUCAGGGUCAUCCAGAACCUCUACCCCGCUCUCUCCCGCAACCUCACUGAACCGGGCGACGCCAGUUCCGGUUCGGUUUUAAAUGGGUUCGGGUUCCACGACGUGGUGAUCGAAACCCCGGUUCACUCGGUUCAGCUCUCCGAUUUGUCUCCUGAAGAAAUUGGCCAGGUUUUUGUUGCUCAUACCAAGAGAAUCGAACAAGUCGCGACCCAUGACUCAAUCAAAUACGUGCAGGUGUUCAAAAACCAUGGUGCUUCAGCUGGUGCAUCAAUGAGUCAUUCUCACAGUCAGAUGCUGGCACUGCCAAUUAUUCCACCUAAUGUUUCAGCCCGUGUUGGAAGCAUGAAGGAUUAUUUUGAUCAAACAGGGAAAUGUUGUAUUUGUGAAAUUCAAUCGGAGGAUCUUUUGAUUGAUUCAUCGACCAACUUCUUUUCACUGGUUCCUUUUGCUGCUACAUUUCCUUUUGAGAUUUGGAUUGUUCCCCGGUAUCACUCUGCUCAUUUCCAUGAAUUGGAUGCUGAAAAGGCAGUUGAUCUUGGAGGUUUGUUGAAACUAAUGCUUAGGAAGAUGUCUUUGCAGUUGAACAAUCCACCAUUCAACUUUAUGAUUCACACUUGUCCACUGCAUGGUAAUGAGUCAGAGUUAGCAUACACUCAUUGGUUUAUACAGAUAGUACCUCAGCUAAUUGGGAUAGCGGGUUUCGAGAUUGGAACUGGGUGUUACAUAAAUCCUGUUUUCCCCGAGGAUGCUGCAAAGGUUCUAAGAGAAGUAAAUGUUCCAGAGUAAGGAUAAAGCAGGUUGUAUACUUUGAGGCUCCUAGUGAGGGAGUUUACUUUAUUAUUAGUCCGAAAACCUUGAGGUAUUGAAAAUUUGAAAUGAACUAUUCAUAGUGUAUAAGUAGAUUUAUUGAGAAAACAAUUAUGCUGAAAGGGGAAAGGCAAUUGCACUCUGGAUAAUUUUCUUCAGGUGCAUUUGAGGGAAUAAUUCCCCUUGCUUCUGGCCCAAGGUUUGAAACCAAGUAAUCAAGAUGGAUAACACACCUCCUUAUAUAUUUAUGCUUUUAGUUAUAAUUUGAGUAUCUUGAUUGAAAUAUGAAGGAUCAGUUUGACAUGUAAUAUUGUCCCGUAUCCUGAUCGUGAUUCUUGUUGCUCUUUUUAUUUCUAGUAUUUACAUUGAUUCUGGAAGAUAUUGGUUUGGAGUCUUAUCAACAAGAAAGAUGGAGCUAGUGCUGUUGACUUUGUUAUCCUUUUUUGCUCCACAUUUAGUCACGUGCCUCCG